AGAAAGUAGUCUCAAUGAUCAAUGUUUCAAGCUAAACGUUGGUUGCUGAAAACGUUCUUAUACACAGUUUACUGAUAAAUUUCUACUCAAAUAAAUAAAGAUAUUUUUUCCACAUGUUAAAGUGGCUUUUGUGGGCACCACAAAUCAAAUCCGUUUUCCUAUAUAAGACAUGUAUGCAAGAGGAGUAACCAGGAUUUAAAGAAAGAAAGAAAUAAAAAAAAAAAUACAAAGAUGGCAGGCUCAAGCUCUACUCCACAUGUCACACUAGAAGUUGGUGAAGAAAACCCAUACCCACACCCAUCAAAUGUUUAUACCCCCAGUUUUGUUACCUUGAAGUUAAGUGGAAGGGAUGAGUAUGAGAUUUGGAAAACACAAAUGCUAUGUCUGUUAGAGAGUCAUGGUAUGCUUGGUUUCAUUGAUGGAACACAUGUCAGCCCUCAAACCAGUCAUAAUGUUUCAGAGAAGGAGAACGUGGGUGAAGACCAUCAAACUCAUCACAAGCUGUGGAGAAGAUCAGAUGCUCUGGUGAAGGGUUGGAUUCUUGGUGCUCUCUCUAAACAAACACUCACCUAUGUUGUGGAUCGUCUCAAAGCAAAGCUCUCUCAAGAGAGAAAUGUAGCUGACUUCUGUGGAAAAGAAGUAUGGGAUGAAUUGGAGACCAUGUAUGCUCCGGCUGUUGUUCCACCAGAAUUGCUAGUCGUUGAAGAUACAUUACGAGAUCAAGAAAGAGCAGAGGAUCAGAAACAAUUGUAUAAGGCUACCCUCGGAGGAGAAUGGACUGGUGUUGAAAUAGUUUUGAGGGAACGAGAAGUUACAGUGUUAAAUAAAAUCACAAAUAACGGAAACACAGCGCUCCAUGUAGCAGUUGGUACUUCCAAGAAGCCAUGGUUCUUGCAGCAACUGUUGGAUGUCAUACCAGAGAACACACAGCUAUUGGAUGUGAGAAAUUCAGAUGGAAGCACACUGCUCCAUGUUGCUGCUAUAGUUGGCAACACCGAAGCUGUUGACAUACUGGUGCAAGGAAACCCAGAUUUGUUGUUAGCCAAGGACAACGAGGGUCACACACCACUAGCCAUAGCUCUCUCUAAUAUGCAUACCGAGACGUCUAAGCAACUGUUGAAAUACAUUAAUACUGACAUAGAGAAGGAUGCGCUGUUUUCUGGCACAAGUGGUGAUGAGCAUUUAGUUAAUGUUAUUUCCUCCAAAGAUUUUGGCUUUGCGAAGGAUCUGAUGCAGCAUUACAAAACAUUGCAUACUGAUGCUGUGCUGAUGGUUAUAGCUCAAAAUUUCCCAUGCGAACUUAGUAUAUUGGAAGAAUAUAUAGGGACUGAUAUGGUCGAGCAACGAGUCUUCUCUUGCCAAACCUGUGGAGAUUGUAUUUUUUACAUUUUGGAAAGAUGUAGUCCAUGUGUAUCCUUGCUUUGUAUUCUCCCAUGCUGUAUCGUGACUGAAUAUUGUCUUAUGCUUUUACUGCGGAUCGGUAGGAUAUUAGUGUUUCCAUUUAUUAAAGAGAGAGUUCAAAUUCAUGAAGAUGCUAUGGAACUAUUAGAGGAUGCAUGUCGUUUGACAAUUAAAACAAAACAUCCCAGCUCUUUCCCUCAGUAUUACACAAAUCCAAUUCUUGAAGCCGCAAGACAAAAUUCAUACGAGGUGGUACAGCGUAUUGUGUCUUUCUUCCCAAGUGCAAUUAUGAGUGCUAAUGAAGAUGGCCACAACGUUAUUCAAUAUGCUGUGAUAAAUCGAUCAGAAAAGGUUUACAACCUACUCUAUGAAAUGAGCGAAGAUAGGAAUAUAUAUCGAACAAUUAAAGACUCUUCUGGGAAUAACCUAUUGCACUUGGCUGCAAGAUUGGCACCAUCCAAUAAACUGAAUCUUAUAUCAGGGGCAGCUUUACAGAUACAACGAGAACUACUAUGGUUUAAGGAAGUUGAAGGAUUUGUGUGUCCUCUAAGCAUCAUUCAAAAGAACUCUAGCGGCGAAACACCAAAAAUGGUAUUUACUAGAGAGCACAAAGACUUGGUGAUUGAGGGAGAAAAGUGGAUGAAGUCUACUGCAGAGUCUUAUACAAUUACAGCGGCAUUGAUCAUCACCAUUGUGUUUGCAGCAGCCAUUACAGUUCCCGGAGGAAGCAACCAGGAUACUGGAAUACCAAUUUUUACCUACAAAACCGCCUUCACAAUAUUCGCAAUAUCAGAUGCCAUAUCAUUAUUUGCAGCUGUUACGUCACUAUUAAUGUUUUUGUCGAUUCUCACAGCACGUUUUGCUGAGCAAGACUUUCUCUUCAAGUUGCCUACAAAGUUGAUAAUUGGUUUGGCCACCUUGUUCAUUUCAACCACAGCCAUGAUAGUAGCUUUUGCUACAACUUUGUAUCUUGUAUUUGGUCGAAGCCACUCAAGGGUUCUUAUCCCUAUAGCUGUGUUGACAUGCCUACCAAUUACUUCGUUUGUGACCUUACAGUUCCCUCUUGUCCUAGACUUGAUGAGUGCCACAUAUGGUCGUAGUAUUUUUGGUAAGAAAAGAGAUUAUUCUUAUUGGGAUAGAGAAAUACUAAUUUGAUAAUAUAUUUAAGAUCAUGGAAUCAUAGUGGAGGUUGUGUAAUACAUUGUAAUGCCUUCAUUCUUGGAAAAUAGCUAUUGUGAAA